GUUCUGAGGUGGAUGCAGGCGACAGAGAGACUGUGCGUGUGAGUCGAUGGUAAACAGAGGCAGGGUUGUGUGAAUCUUAGAGCUGGAGGUAGGCUCAUUGUUUUUAUUUAUUAGUGAUUGAUUUGUUGUUUUGAACAGAAGAUUGGUAAACUGCAGCUCCCUGUGAAUCACUGUGGAUGUGACUAAGAACGGGUGAGGAUGAGCUCGUGGCAGAGAAAUCAGCAGUUCUUCAAAGGUGUCUCCACCUCUCCAGCAGAUGAUAUAGUGUAUCAUGGCUUGUUCAACCAAGGGGCCACAUGUUACCUGAACAGUGUGCUGCAGGUGCUGUUCAUGACCAAGGACUUCAGAGAGGCUGUGGAAAGGUGCUCCCCUCAUAACCCUGAGUGUAUUGAUCCUCAACUCAGACACGUGUUUGAUGAGUUACUGAAACAAACAUCAAACACCAAUAAAAUCAGAAAGAAGCUGGGCAUCCACACAGUGAACGAGCAGCACGACGCUGCCGAGUACUUUGAGAAGAUUCUCACUCUGACCAGUUCUGAGGCAUCACAGAUCUUUCAUGGAGAGUUGACGCAUAAGAUCACAUGUUCCGACUGUCUUGAAGAGAAUAACACAGACGGGAGAUUUUGGCAUCUUGCUCUUGAACUGGUGGAUUCCCACAGUGAAGUCUUCAGAGUGGUGGAUGGCAUCAAGGAGUAUUUCCGAACCUCACGUUUAGGUGGAGAAAACCAGAUGUACUGUGACAACUGUGAGACCAAAUCUGAUGCUACUAUGACAUGUGUAAUGAGGCAUCAUCCAGAGGUUUUGACGCUGCUGCUGAAGAGGUUUGACUUUGACUACCGUUACAUGUCGUACGUCAAAAACAACCGGGUCGUGGUUGUUCCCUCCUCCCUACAAAUCCCAGAGAAUCAGACAUAUGAGCUGUAUGCUUGGGUGGAUCACACUGGUGAUCUUAGAGGUGGACAUUACACAGCAACGAUAAAGUCCCAGGAGAAUGAGAGGUGGUACAACUUCGACGAUGCCAGCGUCACGUUGCUUGAUAACCAGCCGUUCCAGACUGGCAGUACUGAGAAAUCCCAGAGUUCUUAUCUCCUUUUUUACAAGAAAACGAAAACUGCAUACUCCGAUGGAUUCUGUCAGCCUGCAAACAGAGACUAUGUUCCCAAUCAUAAGGGUUGUAACAAGAAUAGACAGGACUCGGGGGAUUCAAAAGAGGGCAGAAAACAUGAGAGAGAUAAGAGGAAGAUGGUGAAGGGUGAGGAGGAGGAGGGAGGAAAGGAGGCAGAGGCUUAUACCAGUGCAGAGAAGAGAGAACUUGUGAAAAGAAUAGAUGAUCAGAACUGUGAGCGUGGAAAACAGGAACCUGUUUGGAAGACACCACAGACGGGUUACAUUCCCAACAUAUCAGAUCCUGAUCACAAGCAUCAGAAAGAGGCCAGACACAGGUCCCGUGAUCAUAAUCCAGAUUGUGUGGAGGAACGUAGAGAUAAGGAAAUAAUUGAUCAAAAAGAAAAGAGAAAUGUCGAUGAUGAUGAUAAGGGAGGUAAACAGGGAAAAGGUUACGCAGGUCAGAACAAAAAGGGAGAGGAUGAGAGGAUGGAUAAAGACAACAAAGGACGUGCUGGUCAUAGAAAACGUGACACGUCGGGGUUAAAACUGGGAAGGUUCAGCUGGUGGCACGAAGGAAUAAAGCAACCGAAAAAGGAGAGAGACGAGAAACGGAGAAGAGGAGGUGAUGAGGCUGGAAACACACAGGAGGAGAGUGAGUCAGACGCUGCUCCUCAAUCCAGAGGAGAACAUGCACAGAAACAAAAGGACAAACGGUUGCCUGGCUGUCUCCUUUUUUUUUUCAAGAAACCAGUGUCGGAAUAGGAUAAUGUGCACACGUUAUCCAAGAUAACAUGAUUUUACACGACUGCAUGUCAAAGUGGUGAAUAUACAUUAUCUCAGUAGACACUACAGUAUAAUCCAGACUGUAAUACUGCAUAUUUUGUGUUGUUGGAAGUCUUUAAUCCGUUCUGUGUGGUUCUGUCUAAUUAACAGAUCAUCUUCGAUGUUUUUUUGUCGUGUAUAAUGCAUCACUUCAAUUCCUGUUCAAGUAAAUGGUAUAAAUGAGAGACAGGGUUGUUGAUUUUAUAUUAAAGAGCUAAAUUAUUGUAUCACUUUGUGAUAGAAGAUGACACAAAUAUAAGUUAAUGGGUUAUUUCACUAGGAGGAAAACAAGAUCACAUUCAUGUUAAUUUCAUUUUGAGUUGUAUGUAAGUUCAUCACACACUUUAUUUUAUUUGUGGGGUUGUCUGUCUCUGCUGUUUCGUUGUUAGAUUGAUUUUAUAUUUACAAUAUUCAGAUUUAAAAAUUACCAGACCGGCUUGUUAAAAGAUUAUUGAUGACCUGAACUAAUGCAACAAAACAUAUUUUUUACUUCACUGUUAAAGUAUUCGUUUUUUUUUGUUUUAUCAUUCAUUUAUUGUAACUUGAGAGAUGCUGGUGAAUAAUAAAAUACCUUUGCUUCAUAUAUAAAAAUAUAUUUGAAUAAAUAUACAUAAAACUU